AUGGUGUCAACGGAGGAGGACGGCUCGGUUGAAGAGAAGGAAAACAACAACAAGAAGAGGACGAAAAGUGCCAUCGCUGUCGCAUGGCUUACAUUUUACAACAUCGCCAUGACGGCCGGGUAUGUGGAUUAUUCUGCCCUAUCGCUGAUUUUGAAGUAGCCACCCCAUUAAAACUUCGUUAUGCACCAGAGCGCUGUGAGCAAGCGCGUGUGGCUGUUUAUAGGUCCGUGGUGUCUCUGACAUCGCAAGUGCCCAUUCUGUUUCCGAAUUUAGUGACAGACAGCGGCCAUAAAGUUUGAACAGUGAGCAAAAUAAAAGUAAGGGACUUGAUAGAAAGUGUGUCCAAGUACUCAUAUUGAUUAUUUGAGAAUUGUCUAUAUUUUUUGUGAAAAUAACGGUGGUGGAAGUGCGGCCCCCGGCGCGGGUUCAGCCUUUCCAAAUACGGUCGAUUACACUGUGUUAGCGUCAUGACCAGCACUACCUCGACAGUUGCAGUGAUAAGUAUAGACGGCGCGCUGACACUGGAGCUUCGGUCUGGGCGAGUGAAAUGCCCAAUAAGCAGAUUUGAAUAACUGGAAGUUUAUGCGCUACAAAGCGCGCGGGCGCGAUGACACAAUUAUUUCAGUUAGUGUUCGUAUAGUCCUUGUAAUGAACACACAAAAUGAACUUACUUUAAUAGUUGUCAAGUUUUCAAUGAUUUAUUAAGUUGUUGAUAGUGUCUUACGUUCAUUUUCAUUGGUCACUUUAAUGGAGAAUGGCACUUUUUGGAGAUAUGCUUAAAAUGCGCAUUCAUGGAGGUGUUGGAUCCAUGUUAUCUCCACUUACACUCAUUGUAGCUCCCAUUCAUUCAUCGUCUGCUACUCACAUAAUGGAUAUUUUAGUAUUACAUGAAGGUGUGAAAACUAGGUUCAGUUGUCGAGUCCAAGAGACAUGCGCAUUGAGGUGGUUAUAAGCCCCUGUACAUGAUCAGAGUAAACAGAUACCUAUGUUGAUUCAAACAGUCAAAAUAGUGACUAUUGCAAUCAAACUAUUCAUUGACAUUUGAAAUCAUGUGUGUACAUUUGUCCCUUCUCUCCAUAUGUUAGCACUAACCUACACCUAUAUUAUCCAAUAAUCUUUAUAUGAUAGUAACUGUUAGUAACAUAACAGUUUUGCAAGUCCUAAACCCUGUUAAUGUAAUUAGUAUCAAAUAAACCCUAAUGAAUUAUUGUGCUGAGACAGAGAUCAUAUAUUUGCAAUACAAUAGUAAUACUUCCAGGUAAUAAACUGAAGGGGUUGUAUUCAGUAGACCCUAAAUUAUGUAUAUUUUUCAAACAGAUUGUGGCUUCAAACAGAUAAUACACUUGUUGCACAGCAAACACUUGUUGCACAGCUUGAGCACCUGACCGAUCGACCUAGCACCUGAGGUCAAACAGUGAACAAUAGCCAUUAGGCUACAACAGUAGCUACAACAGUAUCAGGUCUAUCUGGUUUAACAAAAGUACAUUCCUUUAUAACAGGCGGCGGCAGUAGUGUAUCUCUCACUAAUCCCUGACAAAGUUUGAUUUAAUUUCAAGGUACACUCUGAAACGUCACAUAAACGGUGGAGAUUUACAUGGGCACUUGACACCUCGGCGGAUUUAGAUGAUGUCGGUGUAAUGUCCUGGGACUAAUCCUACUAUGAGCCCAUUUACUCAUGAAUACCGAAUCUAGGGACCAAGUGUGAUUGUGGAAAAUUCACACUCACUCUCCACCAAUUACCAGUCACACACAUUUACAGGUUCCUGCAGCUACCCUCCUCUCACCUUGGGUUCUUACAGACGCACCCAUUGUGUUACCUCCCACCCAUCUGUUACCAGUUUCUUUGAGCUAUUUUUCAGUGAUCUAAAUGAGGGAUGUCAAAAUGUGACAUUAAAAAAGUGAUCUAAAUUUAAGGCCUUUGCAGACUGCGAUUUUAGCCGUCUAAUGCCACGAUUUUGCAGUCCAAGACAAAAUGUCCACGCUGUGGGCAAAUUCUUAUGUCGUAAACGAUUGUCGGACGUCUUCGCUCAUUCAGUGUGACGGUCUAGGUCUGCCGAUUAAGAACUGACAAAGGCUCCAACAAAGUUCUGGCAGUGUCAGAUUUUUUUUGCCUUUAUCAUGUAGUGUGACUGUCACGUUCGUUCAUAGACGGGAUGGACCAAGGCGCAGCGUGAUAUGCAUACAUGUUUAUUUUAACGAAUAAACAACGACAAAACAAUAAACCAACGAAACGUGACGUCCAAGGUAACACACAACAAACCUCACACGGAACAAGAUCCCACAACCAAACAGUGCCAAUAGGCUGCCUAAGUAUGGUACCCAAUCAGAGACAACGAGCGACAGCUGCCUCUGAUUGGGAACCACACCGGCCAACAUAGAAAUACACAUACUAGAACCUAUACAUAGAACUACACAACAUAGAAUCUACACACCCUGACUCAACAUAUAAGAGUCCCCUGAGUCAGGGCGUGACAGUACCCCCCCCAAAGGUGCGGACUCCGACCGCACAACAUAAACAUAACAGUGUAGGGGCCGGGUGGGCAUUCCGCCUCGGAGGCGGAUCCGGCUCCGGGCGUGACAACCACUUACUCUCCGCCUCCCUGUUGCGCCCCUGGUCUGGUCUGGAGCCGCUGCUUCCCCUCUCCUUCCUCCCACAAUACACCAGGCCCUGUCUGGACCCUGGUGUGGGAGACCCCGAACCUGGAGAGGGGCUGACGUCAUGGUCUGGACUGGAGCCGCUGACCGGAGCCGGACUAGGCACCGGUGGAGCGGACUACUUUGGCUCCGGAGUGGAGCCGCUGACCGGAGCUGGAUCAGGCACCGGUGGAGCUGACUUCUCUGGCUCCGGAGUGGAGCCGCUGACCGGAGCGGGAUCAGGCACCGGUGGAGCGGACUGCUCUGGCUCCGGAAUGGAACGGCUGACCGGUGCCGGACCAGGCACCGGUGGAACGGGCACGGGCCGUGCCGGACUGGACAAACGCACCACUGGUCUGGUGCGAGGAGCAGGAACAGGCCGGGCCGGGCUGGCGACGUGCACCACUGGCUUGGUGCGAGGAGCGGGAACAGGCCGGGCCGGGCUGGCGACGCGCACCACUGUCUUGGUGCGAGGAGCGGGAACAGGCCGGGCCGGGCUGGCGACGCGCACCACUGUCUUGGUGCGAGGAGCGGGAACAGGCCGGGCCGGGCUGGCGACGCGCACCACUGGCUUGGUGCGAGGAGCGGGAACAGGCCGGGCUGGCGACGCGCACCACUGGCUUAGUGCGGGGAGCAGGAACGGGCCGGAACGGACUGGCGACACGCACCACUUGCUUGGUGCGAGGAGCGGGACUGUGUUCCUUUAUUAACCCCCGCUCCUUCUGCUGCCUAACCAGCUCCUCUCGCCAUGCCUCUACACUUUCCUUCUCCCUUUUAGCCUCCUGUAGCGCCUCCCUCUGACCGAAUAACUCCUGCUCCCUCUGAACCAAUAGCACCCGUAACAUGGUGGCCUCCUCUCCUAACCUGCAGAUUCGCCCUUCCACGGCCUCCUGCUGCCUCGUCAUCCACCCCGUGUGCCCCCCCCCCAAAAAAAAUGUUAUUGGGGUUGCCUCUCGGGUCUCCGUCGGCGGCACUCCUCUUCCCGUGAGGACUCCUCCGGGAGCCCCCACGAGUUAGGGAACAGAAACUCGUCGUCGUCGUCAUCCUCCGACUCCUCAGUAUAAUACUGUUCCCACUCCUCUUCCCAUGGUUGUAGGGACCCAAUCUGAAAACCAACCGGGUGCAGUGGUCGGGGCUCUUCUCUCUUGCUCCCCGACCACCCCUUUAGCCCCCCCCAAAAAAAUUAUUGGGGCUGCUUCUCGGGCAUCCUCCUCGGCCGGCUUCCGUGUUGCCGUUGCUCCUCUCCUGCCUGGGCUUCCUUCUUCGCCCAGGGUCCUUUUCCCAAAAAUAUCUCCUCCCAUGACCACCAAUUGCCCACCUGUGACAUGGCUACUCUCUCCGCCUGGGCACGCUGCUUGGUCCUCGUUUGGUGGGAUCUUCUGUCACGUUCGUUCAUAGACGGGACGGACCAAGGCGCAGCGUGAUAUGCAUACAUGUUUAUUUUAACGAAUAAAUAACGACAAAACAAUAAACCAACGAAACGUGACGUCCAAGGUAACACACAACAAACCUCACACGGAACAAGAUCCCACAACCAAACAGUGCCAAUAGGCUGCCUAAGUAUGGUACCCAAUCAGAGACAACGAGCGACAGCUGCCUCUGAUUGGGAACCACACCGGCCAACAUAGAAAUACACAUACUAGAACCUAUACAUAGAACUACACAACAUAGAAUCUACACACCCUGACUCAACAUAUAAGUCCCCUGAGUCAGGGCGUGACAGUGACUGGUGUUACGAGCCAAUCCCGGUGACUGACCAAUAGGAACAAGGCCGGCAUUGAGUAUGCACACAAUACGAUUAUUGUGAAUAGUCAGAUUAAUAUAAUAGUUUGAUUUAAACGUUUAGAUGCUGUGCAAGAAGAACGAUUUCCCUAAUAAUCUUGUUUAGCCUACAUGAGACAUCUGAAAUCAGGCUACCUGAUGGGAUUUUGAUAAAUGCAAUCAAAAUAAACGUUCUACUACAGCGGCCAUGUUAUUUUGGGGAAGCCUAUUUGCUUCUGAGUUCGGAUAUAUAAAGUUUGUAUGUGAAAACUAUUUAUAAGAUGCAUAUUUUAAGGUUUUCUGAACUCACUUCACUUGUGCAUAAGCAUAGAGUGAGGCUUGUGCUGCUGGUGCUGGCGCGUGCGCAGAUCAAAUACACCGCUGCAGUUUUUUAUUUAUUUAUUUAUUUAACCUUUAUUUAACUAGGCAAGUCAGUUAAGAACAAAUUCUUAUUUACAAUGACGGCCUACACCGGCCAAACCUGGACGACGCUGGGCCAAUUGUGCGCCGCCCUAUGGGACUCCCAAUCACGGCCGGUUGUGGUACAGCCUGGAAUCGAACCAGGGUGUCUGUAGCGGUUGACGUAGCCUCGCAAGCUAAUCGCAGAAUGUGAUUACAGAACUCAAAUGAAUCGUACAAUCUGGCCAGAUUGAUAUCAAGCUUUUAAUUUGGUAACCUCACACAGUGUGACGUGAUAAUCGUAAAAGACUGAAUCCGACGUACAGUCUGCAAAGGCCUUUAGUGGAAUAGUGAAUACGGUUGAGAAAAUGAUGUAAUUUGGCCUCCCUCAUUGCUAAUACUGUGUUUGUGAUCCUAUGACAAGCAUAUUUGUAAAGUUACAUAUUUUAGAGGAAAAGAACAACUGUAUAUCGAGACAACACACCUUCACAGAGAUCCAUCACACUGCUGACCUAGUAGCCUAGUGAAUGUAAAGGGAGCACAGUCUGUUUCCUCUGUAGUGCUCAACCAGGGGCCGUAUUUAUCAAGCGUCUCAGAGUAGGAGUGCUGAUUUAGGAUCAGUUUUGCCCUUUAGAUCACAAUAAUAUAAGAUUACAUGGACAGGGAGGACCUGAUCCUAGAUCAGCACUCUUACUCUGAGAUGCUUGAUACAUACAACCCAUGGUCUUCUGUGUAAACUCUGUACAAGAACUCUCACACCUCUGUUUACCCUGAUCGUUACCCAUGACUAAAGCCACGGAUAAUUAGCUUUAAAUGGUCCUCAAAACGGACCUGCAAUUACACUGAACAAAAAUAUAAAUGCAACAUGCAACAAUUUCAAAGAUUUGACUGAGUUACAGUUCAUACUGUAUAAGCAAAUCAGUCAAUUGAAAUAAAUAUAAUAGGUCCUAAUCAAUGGAUUUCACAUGACUGGGAAUACAGAUAUGCAUCUGUUGGGCACAGAUACCUUAAAAAAAAGGUAGGGGCUUGGAUCAGAAAACCAGUCAUUAUCUGGUGUGACCACCAUUUGCCUCAUGCAACACAACACAUCUCAUUCGCAUAGAGUUGAUCAGGCUGUUGAUUGUGGCCUGUGGAAUGUUGUCCCACUCCUCUUCAAUGGCUGUGUGAAGUUGCUGGAUAUUGGCGGAAACUGGAACACGCUGUCAUACAUAUCGAUCCAGAGCAUCCCAAACAUGCUCAAUGGGUGACAUGUCUGGUGAGUAUGCAGGCCAUGGAAGAACUGGGACAUUUUCAGGUUCCAGGAAUUGUGUACAGAUCCUUGUGACAUGGGGCCGUGCAUUAUCAUGCUGAAACAUGAGGUGAUGGCGGCGGAUGAAUGGCACUACAAUGGGCCUCAGGAUCUCGUCACGGUAUCUCACAGCAUUCAAAUUGCCAUCGAUAAAAUGCAAUUGUGUUCGUUGUCCGUAGCUUAUGCCUGCCCAUACCAUAACCCCACUGCCACAAUGGGGCACUCUGUUCACAAUGUUGACAUCAGCAAACCGCUCUCUCACACAACGCCAUAUACGUGGUCUGUGGUUGUGAGGCCAGUUGGAUGUACUGCCAAAUUAUCUAAAACGAUGUUGGAGACUGCUUAUGGUAAAGAAAUUAACAUAAAAUUAUCUGGCAACAGCUCUGAUGGACAUUCCUGCAGUCAGCAUGCCAGUUGCACGCUCCCUAAAAACUUGAGACAUUUGUGGCAUUGUGUUGUGUGACACAACAACACAUUUUAGAGUGGCCUUUUAUUGUCCCUAGCACAAGGUGCACCUGUGUAAUGAUCAUGCUGUUUAAUCAGCUAAUUUGAUAUGCCACACCUGUUAGGUGGAUGGAUUAUCUUGGCAAAUAUAUACAUUUUCACUAACAGGGAUGUAAACAAAUUUGUGCACAAAAUUUGAGAGAAAUACGCUUUUUGUGCGUAUUGAACAUUUCUGGGAUCUUUUAUUUCAGCUCAUGAAACAUGGGACCAACACUUUACAUGUUGCGUUUAUAUUUUUGUUCAGUAUAAAUACUAAAACAUGUAUUUUGAUUCAAACAUAAUUAUUCAGAAAGGUCACAAGGUCCUAUUGGUGUUAUUACUGUGACAGCAAAAAUGUACACAUUUGUGUUGUAUCCUGUUUGUAAUGGACCAAUAAAGAUCACAUUGUAUUAAGUAUACUGCUCUACAUAUUAUAUUACAAAAUACUUCAUUGUAGAUACAAAUGGUGUCUGCACCAGAUUGUUCAGUGAUUUCCUUGAAAAAUGUUCCUUCAUUAUUCACAUAUAAAGUACCAGUCAAAAGUUUGGGCACACCUAUUCAUUCAAGGGUUUUUCUUUAUUUUUACUAUUUUCUACCUUGAGGAAUAACAGUGAAGACAUCAAAACUAUGAAAUAAAACAUAUGGAAUCAUGUAGUAACCAAAAAAGUGUUAAACAAAUCAAAACAUAUUUUAUAUUUUAGAUUCUUUGAAGUAGCCACCCUUUGCCUUGAUGACAGCUUUGCACACUCUUGGCAUUAUCUCAACCAGCUUCACCUGGAAUGCUUUUCCUACAGUCUUGAAGGAGUUCCCACAUAUGCUGAGCACUUGUUGGCUGCUUUUCCUUCACUCUGAGGUCCAACUCAUCCCAAACCAUCUCAGUUGGUUAGAGGUCGGGUGAUUGUGGAGGCCAGGUCAUCUGAUGCAGCACUCCAUCACUCUCCUUCUUGGUAAAAUAGCCCUUACACAGCCUGGAGGUGUGUUGGGUCAUUGUCCUGUUGAAAAACAAAUGAUAGUCCCACUAAGCCCAAAUCAGAUGGGAUGGCGUAUCGCUACAGAAUGCUGUGGUAGCCAUGCUGGUUAAGUGUGCCUUGAAUUCUAAAUAAAUCACAGACAGUGUCACCAGCAAAGCACCCCCACACCAUCACACCUUCUCCUCCAUGCUUCAAGGUGGGAACUACACAUGCGGAGAUCAUCCGUUCACCUACACUGCGUCUCACAAAGACACGGCGGUUGGAACCAAAAAUCUCCAAUUUGGACUCCAGACCAAAGGACAGAUUUCUACCAGUUUAAUGUCCAUUGCUCGUGUUUCUUGGCCCAAGCAAGUCUCUUCUUAUUAUUGGUGUCCUUUAGUAGUGGUUUCUUUGCAGCAAUUCGAACAUGAAGGCCUUAUUCACGCAGUCUCCUCUGAACAGUUGAUGUUGAGAUGUGUCUGUUACUUGAACUCUGUGAAGCAUUUAUUUGGGCUGCAAUUUCUGAGGCUGGUAACUCUAAUGAACUUAUCCUCUGCAGCAGAGGUAACUCUGGGUCUUCCUUUCCUCUGGCGGUCCUCAUGAGAGCCAGUUUCUUCAUAGCUUCUUGAUGGUUUUUGCGACUGCACAAAUUCUUGAAAUGUUCCGGAUUGACUGACCUUCAUGUCUUAAAGUAAUGAUGGACUGUCAUUUCUCGUUGCUUAUUUGAGCUGUUCUUGCCAUAAUAUGGACUUGGUAUUUGACCAAAUAGGGCUAUCUUCUGUAUGCCACCCCUACCUUGUCACAUCACAACUGAUUGGCUCAAACGCAUUAAGAGGGAAAGAAAUUCCAGAAAUUAACUUUUAACAAGGCACACCUAUUAAUCGAAAUGCAUGAAGCUGGUUGAGAGAAUGCCAAGAGUAUCCAAAGCUGUCAUCAAGGCAAAGGGUGGCUACUUUGAAGAAACUCAAAUAUAAAAUAUAUUUUGAUUUGUUGAACACUUUUUUGGUUUCUACAUGAUUCCAUAUGUGUUAUUUCAUAGUUUUGAUGUCUUCACUACUAUUCUACAAUGUAGAAAAUAGUACAAAAUUAAGAAAAUCCCUUGAAUGAGUAGGUGUGUCCAAACUUUUGACCGGUACUGUAUAUUAAUCUUCAGUUCCUUCUGAAUGUAUUUUUUGCAGUAGCAGGGUUGCUGCUAGUUCAGAGAUUACAAGCUGAACAGCUUUUCCAAGCAUUCUGUGUUUACAUUCUGUCUGGCAUAUAGCUGUGCUGUAAUGACUGAUGUACAGUAUAGAUAUAUUAGUGUACAGUACUAGGCUAGAGACAAUUAAGUCUUGAUCACAUUGGCAAAUAAACUCAAAUCUGAUUCAAAUCUGUUAUUUAUUUUUUGAACAGCCAAAAUACACAUGGAAUCGGAUAUUUCAAGGCACAUUUCAAACCACCUUCGUAGGUGGUUUGAAGUCGGAUACAAAUCUGAUUUUUGGCCAUGCGACUGAAUGGUCAAAUCUGAUUUAUUUGCUCUCAAAUGGUUUUCAGAUUUUAUUUGGCAUAUGUUCUUGCUUGCUAGCUACUCUGUUGACAGUUUGACAAGAACAUGUGGUAGCUAACUAGUUUGUUAAUUGUUUACAAACGAAUGUGCUAGAACGCUAAACAGCUACUUAGCUAGCUAAGUGACUGCUGUGGCUAGCCAAAAAUGACUAAUUUUUUAAAACCUCAAAGAAUAUGAUCCAACUUUCAAGUGUUCUUACACUAUGAUUUUGAACAUUCAAAGCAACUGGGAAACAUCCAUGGCAGGCAUUGUUGUCACCUUAGCUUACUACAUAACUUCUGAGUGAUAAAAAGCACGAGCACCACCACCAAUCAGCCUACACCACUGCGCAUACACUCGUCGUUACUAUGACAACUAGCAUAGCCAUGUCAGUAAAUGUCUGCUGUCUGAACACACACAACUCUGAUUUGAUCACUUGUAACUUGAUGUUUGGACAGUCAGCAUUCCAAAACGGAUUUGAAAAACAAAACAGAUUUGAGCAUUAAGGCCUGCAGUGUGUACAAGGCCUUAGAUCUUCUGUAGAAUGGAGUUGGCCCUCACCGUUUCCCCAACUCACGCUGUGGGUGCUUCCUAAAUGGCACCCUAUUCACUACAUAUUGCAUUACUUUGGCUAGAGCCCUGGUCAAAAGUAGUGCACUAUGUAGGGAAUAGGGUACCAUUUGGGACGCAUCCUGUGUGAUGAGGCAUACAAGUUUAGUUGGUGUCAAUGCUACUUGCUGACAAUAGUACUGGAAAACUACAUACAGUGGGGGAAAAAAGUAUUUAGUCAGCCACCAAUUGUGCAAGUUCUCCCACUUAAAAAGAUGAGAGAGCCCUGUAAUUUUCAUCAUAGGUACACGUCAACUAUGACAGACAAAAUGAGAAUUUUUUUUCCAGAAAAUCACAUUGGAGGAUUUUUAAUGAAUUUAUUUGCAAAUUAUGGUGGAAAAUAAGUAUUUGGUCACCUACAAACAAGCAAGAUUUCUGGCUCUCACAGACCUGUAACUUCUUAUUUAAGGGGCUCCUCUGUCCUCCACUCGUUACCUGUAUUAAUGGCACCUGUUUGAACUUGUUAUCAGUAUAAAAUACACCUGUCCACAACCUCAAACAGUCACACUCCAAACUCCACUAUGGCCAAGACCAAAGAGCUGUCAAAGGACACCAGAAACAAAAGUGUAGACCUGCACCAGGCUGGGAAGACUGAAUCUGCAAUAGGUAAGCAGCUUGGUUUGAAGAAAUCAACUGUGGGAGCAAUUAUUAGGAAAUGGAAGACAUACAAGACCACUGAUAAUCUCCCUCGAUCUGGGGCUCCAAGCAAGAUCUCACCCCGUGGGGUCAAAAUGAUCACAAGAACGGUGAGCAAAAAUCCCAGAACCACACCUAGUGGGGGACCUAGUGAAUGACCUGCAGAGAGCUGGGACCAAAGUAACAAAGCCUACCAUCAGUAACACACUACGCCGCCAGGGACUCAAAUCCUGCAGUGCCAGACGUGUCCCCCUGCUUAAGCCAGUACAUGUCCAGGCCCGUCUGAAGUUUGCUAGAGUGCAUUUGGAUGAUCCAGAAGAGGAUUGGGAGAAUGUCAUAUGGUUAGAUGAAACCAAAAUAGAACUCUUUGGUAAAAACUCAACUCGUCGUGUUUGGAGGACAAAGAAUGCUGAGUUGCAUCCAAAGAACACCAUACCUACUGUGAAGCAUGGGGGUGGAAACAUCAUGCUUUGGGGCUGUUUUUCUGCAAAGGGACCAGGACGACUGAUCCGUGUAAAGGAAAGAAUGAAUGGGGCCAUGUAUCGUGAGAUUUUGAGUGAAAACCUCCUUCCAUCAGCAAGGGCAUUGAAGAUGAAAUGUGGCUGGGUCUUUCAGCAUGACAUUGAUCCCAAACACACCGCCUGAGCAACGAAGGAGUGGCUUCGUAAGAAGCAUUUCAAGGUCCUGGAGUGGCCUAGCCAGUCUCCAGAUCUCAACCCCAUAGAAAAUCUUUGGAGGGAGUUGAAAGUCCGUGUUGCCCAGCGACAGCCCCAAAACAUCACUGCUCUAGAGGAGAUCUGCAUGGAGGAAUGGGCCAAAAUACCAGCAACAGUGUGUGAAAACCUUGUGAAGACUUACAGAAAACGUUUGACCUUUGUCAUUGCCAACAAAGGGUAUAUAACAAAGUAUUGAGAAACUUUUGUUAUUGACCAAAUACUUAUUUUCCACCAUAAUUUGCAAAUAAAUUCAUUAAAAAUCCUACAAUGUGAUUUUCUGGAUUUUUUUUUCUCAUUUUGUCUGUCAUAGUUGAUGUGUACCUAUGAUGAAAAUUACAGGCCUCUCUCAUCUUGCACAAUUGGUGGCUGACUAAAUACUUUUUUUCCCCACUGUAGCUCAACAAUCACACAAAAGUAGGCUAGGUCAUCAAAGUUAAGACCGAAAAAGCUAAAAACCCUAACCCUAACUAUGGAAACAAAGUGAUUGAACCAAUAACUUUUGCGCUCUCACUCUAAAGUGGUAACUACAUCGUUGAACAUCUUAUUCCAAAAUCAUGGGCAUCAUGGGCAUUAAUAUGCUAUAACAGCCUUCACUCUUCUGGGAAGGCUUUCCACUAGAUGUUGGAACAUUGCUGCAGGGACUUGCUUCCAUUCAGCCACAAGAGCAUUAGUGAGGUCGAGCACUGAUGUUGGGUGAGUAGGCCUGGCUCGCAGUCGCCGAUCCAAUUCAUCCCAAAGGUGUUCGAUGGGCUUGAGGUCAGGGCUCUGUGCAGGCCAGUCAAGUUCUUCCACACCGAUCUCAACAAACCAUUCCUGUAUGGACCUCGCUUUGUGCACGGGGGCAUUGCCAUGCUGAAACAGGAAAGGGCCUUCCCCAAACUGUUGCCACAAUGUUGGAAGCACAGAAUCGUCUAGAAUGUCAUUGUAUGCUGUAGCAAUAAGAUUUCCCUUCACCGGGACAAAGGAGCCUGAACCAUGAAAAACAGCCCCAGACCAUUAUUCCUCCUCCACCAAACUUUACAGUUGGCACUAUGCAUUGGGGCAGGCAGCGUUCUCCUGGCAUCAGCCAAACCCAGAUUCAUCUGUCAGACUGCCAGAUGGUGAAGCGUGAUUCAUCACUCCAGAGAACGCAUUUUCACUGCUUCAGAGUCCAAUGGCAGCGAGCUUUACACCACUCCAGCCGACGCUUGGCAUUGCGCAUGGUGAUGUUAGGCUUGUGUGCGGCUGCUCGGCCAUAGAAACCCAUUUCAUGAAGCUCCCGACAAACAGUUAUUUUGCUGACGUUGAUUCCAGAGGCAGUUUGGAACUCGGGAGUGAGUGUUGCAACUGAGGACAGACGAUUUUUAGGCACUUCAGCAGUCGCCGGUCCCGUUCUGUGACCUUGUGUGGCCUACCACUUCGCAGCUGAGCCGUUGUUACUCCCAGACGUUUCCACUUCACAAUAACAGCACUUACAGUUGACAAGGCCGCUUUAGCAGGGCAGAAAUUUGAUGAACUGACUUGUUGGAAAGGUGGCAUCCUAUAACGGUGCCACGUUGAAAGUCACUGAGCUCUUCAGUAAUGCCAUUCUACUGCCAAUGUUUGUCUAUGGAGAUUGCAUGGCUGUGUGCUCGAUUUUAUAUGUCAGCAAUGGGUGUGGCUGAAAUAGCCGAAUCCACUAAUUUGAAUGUGAAUGUGUCCACAUAACUUUGUAUAUAUAGUGUAUCUAUUAAGUCAUAUUUGUCCUUCUCAUGCACACUUACUUCUUUCAUGCUAAAUACAGUUAUUCAGAUGUUGUAAAUAUUGUAUAUUUUCCAGGUGGCUGGUUUUGGCUAUGGCAAUGAUGCGCUUCUACCUCCAGAAAGGCACACACAAGGGUCUGUACAAAAGUAUAGCAAGGACACUCAAGUUUUUCCAGACCAUUGCAUUAAUUGAGGUGAGUUUCUGAAAUAUCAUCAUAAUUCACUAGUAGCCACAUUCACAUAAACACACACUCGUCUCAAAGUAUUCCAUGAAAACAGAUUAUAAAACAGUUACAUUUUGAAAUGAUUGGUAAGAUCCUUCUAAUGUGAGCUUUAAAGACUUUGAUGCUAAACUUUGAUGCUGAGAUCCUUGGUUAAUACUAAGAAGUGAGAAGAGAUGAUUCACCUGAUUCUUUUUUUAAAGUAUUUUGUUUGUUUAUGCGAUAAAGAGAGAUGAAUUAUGCGAUAGAGAUAGGAGUGCUAAAAGUGCAGUAGGCCGGAUUCUAACCCAUGCUGGCAGCGGUAUAUCAUACAUGUACUCUAGAGGCAGCGGCUUAGACCGCUAGACCACCCCAGGCCGCGAGUCACUGAUUCUUAGUUGUUGUCUUGUCUUUCAGGUGGUGCAUUGUGCAAUCGGUAUGUAUGGUCUUGAAUAACAACCAUAUAAUGUGAAUAUAACCAGAUCUCCUAGUUCUGGCAAUGUUGAAUUCCCUGGUUCUCGUCCUAUAGGAAUCGUGAGGACCUCUGUAAUUGUGACCGGUGUUCAAGUAUGUUCACGAAUCUUCAUGGUGUGGUUCAUCACCAACAGCAUCAAACAGGUGACUAUCUCAUUUAUCACCAAAGAGGUGUCUUGUAACCCUGGUUACCAUCUACAGUAAGGGGCCUUGGAGUUGGUGUGAGGUGAAGUUUCCCCGAGACACUGAUCUUGGAUCAGUUUAGCAUUUUCCCCAAUAAUGGUUAAGUUUAGGAUUGGGGAACGGGAAGCUGAUCCCCCCCCCCCGGAGGCCAACUGUAGUAGUGUCCUACUGUGCAACAUGGACCCCCUUAAGUGUUAACUAUCUUCUCCCUCCUUGUUUUGUCCUGUUCUUUGUUGGAAGAUCCAGAACGAAGAAAGUGUAAUCCUCUUCUUGUUCGUGUGGACGUUUACAGAGAUUACCAGAUAUUCCUUCUAUACAUUCAAUCUGCUCAACCACCUGCCAUACUUCAUCAAAUGGGCCAGGUGGAGAUGGGGCUGGGGCUGGGGCUGGGGAUGGGGAUGGGGAUGGGGUGGGGGGUGGGGGGUGGGUUUUGGGUAGCUCUGGUCCAGGGCGUUUACGUGCGCAUUGCUGAUUCUGAGCGUUCUCAGCAUUAGCAAGCCGCAUGCAAACGCCCUGGACCAGCGCUAG